AAUAAAACCAAAUUCAUCGUUUGAACAUGAAAAGGAGAAACCAAAUGAUUGUCCAAAACCGCAACAACCUUCAUAAUAACUAAAACCCUUGGUUUCAAAAUAGUUAAAACCAUCAUCAAUCAACACUAUAUCGAUACAGGAGAAAAAAAUCAGAUGAUGAAUCAAAAAGAAAAGAUCAAUUAAGAGGAAGAGAUUUAGGAAUUCGAUUUGAGAACGGCAGCACCAAAGAGCCCUUAAAUGGUUAAAUAAUUCGGCCCCCCUUCCCAUCCGUGUUUUGAAAAAGUACCAAGAUUAGAGAGAAUGGGUUCUGGCUCUCCUAACCCCAAUUCCCUCCCGCUGUCAUCAGGUAUAACGAAGAGGAAAUGGGGAUUUUCGGCAUCUGAUGUCAUUUAUCAUUUCGGUACAAGUGGGAUUUCUGUAGCUGCUGCUACAAGCAUCACCCACCCUCUAGAUGUUCUCAAAGUUCGACUACAAAUGCAACUCGUAGGCAAGAGGGGUCCUUUAAUUGGAAUGGGUCGACUUCUUACCCAGACAGUGAAGAAUGAGGGGCCAACGUCCCUAUACUUGGGGUUGAUGCCUGCAUUAAUAAGGUCAGUUCUUUAUGGAGGUCUUCGACUUGGAUUAUAUGAGCCGUCAAAGUACAUAUGCGAAUUGGCUUUUGAUUCCACCAAUAUUUUGCUCAAGAUUGCAUGUGGAGCAUUUUCCGGUGCUUUUGCUACUGCUCUUACAAAUCCCGUAGAAGUUCUUAAGGUUCGGUUGCAGAUGAAUCCUGACUCUAAAGGAGGAGCCAUUAGAGAAGUUCGGAAAAUUGUUUCAGAAGAGAGAAUAACUGCCCUUUGGAAAGGUGUAGGCCCUGCAAUGGCGAGGGCAGGUGCUCUGACUGCGUCGCAGCUGGCAACAUAUGAUGAAUCUAAGCGGGCUUUGAUCCGAUGGACUUCUCUAGAAGAAGGGUUUCCCCUACACCUAGUAUCAAGUACAGUAGCAGGCACGGUAAGCACCCUUGUCACUGCACCCAUGGAUAUGAUUAAAACCCGUCUUAUGUUGCAACGCAAUACUGCUACGGAUACAAAGUACAGAAAUGGAUUUCAUUGUGCAUACCAGGUGGUCAGUACAGAAGGCACAAGAGGACUAUACAAGGGGUAAAGUUGCAAUACUGGGACUUACAAUUUUUGCCAGAUUAGGUCCCCAGACGACUAUCACCUUCAUUCUUUGUGAGAAAUUACGUGAGCUUGCAGGCUUGAAAGCAAUGUAGAUCAUUUGAAUCCCUGAGUUCUUGUGUGUUAUCACCAUUCCAGAAAUCCCUGUUGGAGAAUCUGAUUUUCGUACGCAGAGAAGAGAGGGAGAUUUUUCUAGUUUGUACCAUUUUGGGGUGCAUUUUUACAUGUAGAUUGAAUGGAACUGAGAUUUAUAGUGUACAAUGGGAAUGACCAAGAAACCCCAUUGAAACUUUAGCUUUAGAUAAACUGUGAUGCAACAAUUAUUUAAUUACUUCAUUUGGAAAGACUUUUUAACAUGGUUAGGGAUCUGUAUUCUGAUAUGCUAAGAAACCGGCAGUAAAUCUCUA